AUGGCGUCUGAUACGCAGUACAAGCUCUCACCCGAACAAAUCGCCCAUUUCAUGCAGUUUGGAUACGUGCGCGUUCCAGAACGCUUUUCCCGCGACAAGGCAGCCGCGUGGACCGCCGAUGUGUGGACAAGACUCGGCAUGUCCUCAACAGACAAAACAACAUGGGGAUCCGAAUGUACUCAUAUGCCCCAGCACAAAGAAGAACCCGUGAAGGCAUUCGCGCCCAAAGCAUGGACUGCCAUCUGCGAGCUGCUUGGUGGCGAGAGUCGUAUCGCCGAGGAUUCAGCAACUUGGAACGACGCAUUCAUUAUGAAUCUUGGCACACCCGAAAUGGAAGGAGCAUGGCCUCACCCAUCCAAGUUGCAGGGAUGGCAUGUGGAUGGGGACUUUUUUGUUCAUUUUCUCGAUUCGCCAGAGCAGGGAUUGCUGGUCAUUCCCCUGUUCAAUGAUAUUCAGGAGCAUGGGGGUGGGACGAUGAUUUGUGCUGAUUCUGUGAAGCAUAUGGCUCGCUUUUUGUAUGACAAUCCUCGGGGCGUGUCUCCAUAUAUGGUUCCCCGUGGGUGGAAGUUCCGGACACCAAGGGGCGAUUUCUACGACAAGAUUAUGGAAAAUUGUCAUGAUUUCCAUGAGAUGUCUGGCAAUGUGGGAGACGUGAUCCUGCUUCAUUCAUUGAUGGUAUACUCGCAGUCUGUCAAUAGUUUGAGAAUCCCGCGGAUCAUCACCAAUCCGCCAGUAUCGCUGAAUGAGCCGUUUAAUUUUGACCGCAAGGAUCCCAGUCAGUACAGUGUGGUGGAGAGGAAGACACUUCAAGAUCUUGGGAAGGAUCGGUUGCGAGGCUGGAAGAUCAAGGGUGGUCGGGAGCUUGUGGUUCCUGAGCGGCUGAAGGAACAGGAGAAAAUGAAGAAACAAGAACUUGAAAGACUCAACGGUUGA